GCGGGCCAUGAAUAUGGCCUUCGCGGAGUUUGUUAACAAAACCCGACUAACUCAACCCCUGAUCAAUUUCUGCGUGAUUGUGUAUAUGGAUGAUAUCUUGGUCUUUUCGAAAACGUAUGAGUACAGCGUGGAACACAUUGAGUGGGUGUUGCAUGCAUUGAAAGAUGCGGGGUUCAAAGUGGCUCUGGAGAAAAGCGAGUUCUUUCUAUUUGAAAUUUUAUUUUUGGGCUAUAUCGUCACGGUCGAGGGACUAAAAUUGGAUCCCAGGAAGGAAGCAGCGGUUCGAGAAGCCCUAGCCCCGGUCACGCUCACUCAGUUUCGAGCCUUCCUAGGGCUGGCCUCUUAUUAUGGACGCUUCAUUCGGAGCUUUGCUUGCCUCGCCAAGCCACUGACGAGCCUGCUGAAGAAGGAGGAGCAGCUGAUCUGGACGCCGAAAUGCGAGGCGGCUUUUCAGGCACUCAAGGAGGCUCUGACAUCGGCACCCGUGUUGGCGCGUCCCGACCCGACGAGACAGUUUGUGCUACAUACGGAUUGGCAGCCGCAGGCGAUAUCGACGGUGCUGACUCAGCAGGGAACGGACGGAAGGGAGCACGUCAUUGAGUAUGCGUCUAAGACGCUGAGCCAGACGCAGUCUAAUUACGAAGCAUGCAAAGGGGAAUGCCUUGCGGUGGUGUGGGGGAUUGAGCAUUUCCGACCGUAUCUUUACGGCCUGAAAUUCGUGCUGGUAACGGAUCAUCAGCCGCUGCUGUCCCUACGCCACAACACGGACUACACAGGGACGCUGGGAAGGUGGGCGGUGCGCCUGCAGGACUAUGACUUUGACAUUCGCCACCGUGCCACGCGGCAGCAUGGCUACGCCGAUGGAUUAACGCGCCUCCUGCCGCCCAACAAGUGUCCCGCCAACGAGCGACUCAUCCCGUGGAAGCUGGAAGCCAUUCCGACGGAACCGCGCUACGGGGAACUGCACCACUACCCCAACUGGGGCCUUCCAGAUGCAGCGCCCAGCAAGGUGAUGAAGAUGGUGUCUACCAUAGCCAGGGGGGAUGAAGACUCCUCGCGAAUAAGUGUUCACAGGGAGGAGGAGAAGGAGGAGAAGAAGGAGGAGGAGGAGGAGGCGGAGGAGGUGGAGAAGGAGGAGGAGGAGGAGGAAGGGCCGCCGCAGUGAGGUCAACUGUGACAAGUCGGGUCCGAGAAAAUAAGUUCGCAGUCAUGACAUUCGGUGGGAGAAGUGUUGCCCGGGCUGGACAUAGCCCGGAGGGGAUGACGACAAGGGAGAAGAGGAGGAGGAGAGCGACGGGGAGGAGGAUAUGGGGAAGGAGGAAGAGGCCAAAGAGGAACAGCAGCAGCAAGGUACACCAAGAGAAGAGGAUCCGGGAAAGAACUUCGCCGAGUUCGAGGUAACAUCAGAAAAGUCCAGCAGGAGGCACGCCACCGACAAGGGAAUCGGACGGAAAAAAGGGGUCCUUCAGUAAAGGGAACGGAGUUCA